ACUAAAAAUAUUAAUUUAAUUAACAAAACACUUUUGGAAGGAAAGAAAACAAAAGAAGCAAGGGAUUAUAAAGAAUUUAAAACCAAAUCAACAUAAGAACACGAAAUGAAUUCUCUCAGAACCUAACUUGUGAGGAGCUUCAAGGCAUCCCUCCGGGCUCCUGCUCUGCUGAUUUAGAGAUGAUGCUUGUCCUUCUUGCAUUCUAUUCUCUCCUCCUUCACGGUGCAAAUGGAAAAACCCAUCACCAUACUUUUGUGUUGAAAUCGACGCCCUACACUCGACUGUGUAGCACAAAGAACAUCUUGACGGUGAAUGGGAAAUUUCCAGGACCGACGCUGAAGGCCCACAGAGGUGAUAAGCUCGUCAUCAAGGUCUACAACCAUGCAAACUACAAUCUCACCAUUCACUGGCAUGGAGUGAGGCAAGCGAGGAACCCAUGGGCGGAUGGGCCAGAGUACAUAACGCAGUGCCCCAUCCAGCCGGGGAAGGAGUACACGUACAGGAUGAAGCUGUGGAAGGAGGAAGGAAGCAUAUGGUGGCAUGCCCACAGCGGGUGGGCGCGGGCAACAGUUCACGGAUCCUUCAUCAUUUAUCCUAAGCCUGGAACUACCUAUCCUUUUCCUAAGCCUCAUGCAGAGAUUCCUAUCAUACUAGGGGAGUGGUGGAAGAAAGAGGUGAUGGAUAUCCCUAUAAAUGCAAAUAAAACAGGUGGAGAACCAAUUCUCUCGGAUGCAUAUACCAUCAAUGGACAGCCAGGCCAUCUGUAUCCGUGCUCCAAGCAAGGGACAUUCAAAAUGAAGGUGCAGCAUGGAAAAACCUAUCUUCUUCGUAUGGUUAAUGCAGUGAUGGAUGAAGAUAUCUUCUUCAGCAUAGCACACCACAAACUAACAGUAGUAGCAACAGACGGAUGCUACACAAAACCCUUCACUACAUCCUACCUAAUGAUCGCUCCCGGCCAAUCCAUGGACGUCCUCCUCGGCGCCGACCAACCCCCUAACGCUCUCUACUUCAUGGCCGCCCGAUCUUACUCCUCCGCCUUGGGUGCCGGCUACGACAACACAACCACCACAGCAGUCCUCCGAUACACCGACGCCCACAACUCGAACUCGUCCCGGCUUCGGCCGCCGCCUCCUCCUCUCCUGCCCCACCUUCCGCCCUACAAUUCGACGCAGGCUGCCACCGACUUCAGCGCAAGUCUAAGAAGCCUGGCCACAAAAAAGCACCCGGCCGAAGUACCGCUAAAAGUGGACACCCACUUGUUCUUCACCAUCUCUGUCAAUCUGCUUAACUGCACCAAGCCAUGCAAUGGCCCUUUCGGGAAGAGAUUUGCGGCCAGCGUGAACAAUAUAAGCUUCGUCAGCCCUUCUGUCGACGUGCUUCGAGCUUACUACUAUGGAAUCCCCGGGGUUUUCGAGGAGGAUUUUCCAAGAACAGCGCCGGCAAAGUUCAACUAUACCGGCGACAAUCUGCCGGAGAAUUUGCUGACGCCGGAGUUUGGGACAAAGGUGCAGGUUUUGGAGUACAAUACAAGCGUAGAGCUGGUGCUGCAGGGGACGAAUUUGUUGGCCAGUGAUCAUCACCCUAUUCAUUUGCAUGGUUACAGCUUUUACGUGAUGGGUUGGGGGUUUGGGAACUUUAACCCUAGAAAGGACCCUUUGGCGUACAACCUGGUUGACCCGCCGGAGCAGACCACCGUCGGCGUUCCUAAAAAUGGAUGGGCGGCUAUCAGGUUUAGGGCAGAUAAUCCAGGUGUAUGGUUUAUGCAUUGUCAUUUAGAGCGCCACCAAGUUUGGGGAAUGAAUGCCCUAUUUUUAGUAAAAAAUGGUCCCACUCGUGGUACCCAAAUUCUCCGACCUCCUCCUAAUUUGCCCUCUUGUUAGGGAUGUUGGAUUCAUUUUUCGUAUUUGCUUAUUUACAAUAUCUUGAUUAAUAUAUAGAUUUGGCAUAAAAAAAAAUUUAGUCCUUAGUUUUUUAUUAGUUAUUUAAAAAUGGAUUCAUUUGUU